AUGAGCGAAAUUCCUAGCGACAUCACUGAAAUGCGCGCUCGCCUGAGCGAGCAAAGGCGCGAGUGGGCCGCGAAAGGAGAGCCUUACCCGACGGAAGAAUGGGCACGCCAACAGGCGGAAGCUCUGCAGGAUGAAGCAGAGCAACAGUAUUGGGAGGAACUCCCACUUAUAGACGCGCUGAGGACCACUGCGUUCCAGCUCCGGAGGGUUCUCUCGAAUCAUCCGGUAAACGAGGAUAGGUUGCUUGCGCUGGUAGAUCGCCAGGAGCAAAACAUGCUGAACUAUGAAGCAUGGAUGGCGACCCACGACAGGAUGAAGGAAGAGACGGAAUGGGUCUGGGAGCCGUCGGACGAGGAGCAGCAGCGGACGACGGAGAAGGAGGCGCGGUGGCAUGCCCGCCUGCAGGAGGUGGAGGAGGAAGAGCGUCGAUUGUGGGAGGAACCGGUGCAGGACUCGUGGGAGGUCCCACUCACCCCCAGUUACGCGGCCGAGGAGCCCAGUCCGGGACGGAAGAGUGAGGAUGGGGACGAGCCCUGCGCGCCAUCCCCUCCGCGGUGGCUGCCGGAGGUGCCACCCACUCCCCGCUACGAGGGGGAGUGGUUCGCAAACGAGGUUCGGGAUAGCGACGGAGGAGCUCCGUUGGCCACGCCGCCGUGGAGGCCGGCCCGGCCACCCACGCCCCCACCAGGUACAGGGAGGGAGGCGGAAUCGCUGGAAAAAGGACCCUGGGUGUGGCUCGAGCCACCGGCCACCCAAAGACCUCCGCUGCAGCGGCCUUCGACCCCCGGAGCGACGCGCCCGCGGCCGCAGUUCACGCGACAAGUAUUGGCCCCGGAGGAAGGAGGCUGGCGUGAGAUCGCUAGAAGCGAAUGGCCGGAGGGGAUCGAGGAGGCACCCGCGGUCGCGACGGCACGGCGGAAGGGCGGCAGGCGUUGCGUCUUGGUCACCGAAGGCGGACCGAGGUACCGGCAAAUGCGAAGUCCUCUCCGCACCCGCUCUCGAAAGUUGCCAAUAUGGAGUCAGAUGCAGCCAACAGAGGACGAGUGA